AUAGUGGCCUUGAGAAUGUACGGUGAUAGAGAGGGCACUGUGUGGGACCGGGUCGGUCGGCCUCACCGGGACUGUAUGUGCUACCUUGGACCUCCUGCUACUUUGAUGCCGAUCGGGAUGCGCAAGUCGCCCGAGGUGAGCCCCAGAAGGCUUUCGGACAUCAGCCCUCAGCUCAGACAGCUCAAGUACCUGGUGGUGGACGAGGCCAUUAAAGAGGAUCUCAAGUCCUCCCGCUCAGUUGAGGAUAUCAACAGCGCAUCUAUAGAAGAGCGAAUAUUGAGGAUCACCGGGUAUUAUGGAUAUCAGCCUUGGAGUGCCAGCUACAAAAGAGAAGAACGCACCAGGGAGAAUGUGGUGGGCACCACAGACACACAGUCGUCUUGCGGUGCAACAGGAGCAGAGUUGGGCUCCAACAGACAGAGGCUCCACUGCUGCAUCAGGGUCACAACUGUACAGGUACAGAAAGCCCUGUGGGGAAUCGCCAUGGUGAUGUGCGUGUGCUCGUCCUGGGCAGGCUCUACCCAGCUGGCCAAGCUGACCUUUAAGCAGUUUGAUGCCCCCUUCACCCUCACGUGGUUCGCCACCACCUGGAACUGCCUCUUCUUCCCCGUAUAUUACAUCGGCCACCUGUGCAAGAGUCCAGAGAGGCAGACGCCCAGACAGAGAUUCAGGGAGUGCUGUAGGUUUUUCGGGGAUGAGGGGCUGACACCCAAGGUGUUUUUCAUCAAGGUGGCUCCCUUUGGCUUGCUGUGGAUCCUCACCAACUACCUGUACCUGCAGGCUCUCAGGAAGAUCAACACAACAGAUGCGUCAGUGCUCUUUUGUUGUAACAAGGCCUUUGUCUUCCUGCUGUCUUGGAUUGUUCUCAGAGACCGCUUCAUGGGGGUCAGGAUAGUAGCUGCUAUCUUGGCCAUAGCAGGCAUUGUAAUGAUGACCUAUGCUGAUGGAUUUCACAGCCACUCAGUCAUCGGCAUUACUUUGGUCGUGGCCUCUGCUUCGAUGUCAGCACUCUACAAGGUGCUCUUUAAGAUGGUCCUGGGCAGUGCCAAAUUUGGAGAGGCUGCACUCUUUCUGAGCAUUGUUGGAAGCGCCAACUUUGUUUUCCUUAGCUUUGUGCCGGUCAUUCUGUAUUUCACACAUGUGGAGUACAUUGACUCACUUGAAGACAUCCCGUGGGCCUACUUCUGCGGGGUUGCAGGCCUGCUUUUUGCUUUUAACAUCUUGGUGAACUUUGGCAUUGCGAUAACAUACCCAAAGUUAAUCUCCCUUGGCAUCGUCUUAAGUGUUCCUGUAAAUGCCAUGGUGGACCUCUACACAUGUGAAAUUCAUUUCAACACAGUGCGCCUCAUUGCUGUGUUCAUCAUUUGCCUGGGUUUCCUCAUGCUGCUGUUACCCGAGGACUGGGACCAGUGCAUCAUCCAGCUCAGCACUAAGCUGCGCAAACGUGACGAGCCAGCAGAGGUCAGCGGAGAGGCAGGCACCGCCACAGGACUCAACUGGAGAGGGAAAGCCAGACCCUCCAUGUCGUCAUUCCCACGUUGACUGCUUGAAACAUUACCAUGCAAAACACACAGUGAGGCGAGACUCCUCUUGGUGUCGAUGUCGGGACAUUUGACCAGCCUGGUGCCCCGCCCUGUUUCAAACACUUCAGCCAAAAAGGGAAAUGCAUAGACUGCACAUAGUUUCUUUGGCAUCCAUUCCACUCAGAAGUUAUCUGAGUUGGAUCAUGUACUCAUAUCAGUUGUGAUUCUUUUUACCCAAAAGAUUACCAGGUUUAGUCAAGUCAGUUUUUCUGUAGCUCCAAUCAUUCCAUUGGUUUAAGGUGUCCUUGCGCCUGGGAAGACUUGCCAACUUGCCUGAUGUUUUUGUUUUAGUUCUGAGAAGACACUUUAUGGACAGGCCUUGUGGACUGGCUUAAACGUGUACACAUUUAAGAUCCAAAGAAGAAUGCCUAAAAAUGCUGAAUGCCUGAAAACAAAAGGGAGGCCGACAGCGGCACCCCUCAGGUGUAGACCUAAUGACAUACCUGCCUUCUGUGUACUGUACAUAGCUGUAUUUCACACCUUGGAUGUCCUGGAGCUGUUAACCCGAUGGGUUCAUCUGGUGCGAAGGGUCCUGUCCGGACAUCUGAGGAUCAAUCUUGAGCUGGAAAAGCUUUCACAAUGCCUCUGUCUCUUCAGCCUGAAAGAAGAGGUCAAGUCCUUUUUGUGCUUUGCUGGGGCUAAAAUCCCACUUUGUCAAUUCUCAGGCCCACAGUUUAAUUAAGACAGCUCUAAAACAAGUUGCAUAAGUUCUCACUGCAUAAGAAGGUUGAGAUUUGCUUUUAGUCCAUCCUAAAGACUUGCCUCAUAUUUUCUGUUGAGACACUGGCAGUAAGCAGCAUUAACAUUUUAUUAACUAGGCAAUACAGGAAAUACAUCUAAUUGUAUGUCUUCCUAUUCAUAUAUAAUUAAAUGUGACCCCCCCCUGUCCCUAACAGCCCAUACCAAUACAGACAAGCUUCAAACCUUGGGACUACCCCUUUAAUCACUUUAAACAUCAACCAUAGCUAUUACUGAGCCUCCCUAUGAAUUUCUAUCACAUUGAAUUCUCCGUUCAUAUGCACACAAACCUGAUGCAUUCAUCUCUAAAAUGGUUUUAUUUCUGAACUGUCUCACUGUGGCGUGAGGGGAGGUGAGACAUGAGAACAGUCUGUACUUGUCCAGCUGUACUCUCUCACUGCAACUUUUUUAUUUAAAGAACGUUUGAGGCAAGAUAGUUGAGAGCAACGGAGUCACAAGCCUUGUAAAACGACCGGUGGAAAGUCUGCCUUGUUGUGAAUGUAUGAACAUCACUUGACCACACGUGCUUGUUACGUGCCAUCUGGUUUUUUUUUUUUUUUGGGAACCAAACUCUUGACAAGCUGUACCAGGCAUUUAAUAUUUUUUGCAUUUGGUUGCAGACUGAGUGUUACAGCUGACACAUCCACCUCACUGCCUUUUAUUUUGCAAUAGACAACAUUAGCACCGUUUCCCAUUGUCAUUCUCUAUGACAAAUAAUAAUAUUGUAUUCCUCUGGAAUUAUUGGUAGACAUACAUGUAAACCUUUGUAAGGAAUGAUGAUUUUUACACUGACAUCUAACAUGAUGAUCACAUUUGAGAAGGAAAUAUUAAGAGCGUGAAUAAAUGAUGGGUUUCUUAGAUCUGUUGUUGGCUGUCUUCAAGUAUAAUCACAUGUACUGUGAUUUCUUUUCAGUACAAUUCAUUGUCCAGAUUUGUUUUCACUGACUUGUAGUGUCCUCUGCAAUUAACAGUAAGUGUAAAUGGCCACCAGCAACAUGGCAAGCUGAAAAAUGUACACUGCCUAGCCACUUUAUUAGGUACACCUGUACAAAUGUAUUACACUCAGUGCAACACUUCUGCUUUAACU